CCGGAAGUAGUGUCUGGCCUUGAAUGAAGGAAGUUAUUUCCGCCUUGGUGCUCUUGGUUCCUGUUGCUGGGGGAACUGAGGCCUUUGGCUGGAGACCUCUGAGCAGUGACCUCAAAGUAGUAAACCUGGCUUUUCUUCUUACCUCUUGAUCCCAACAAGAGCCAUGUGAGAUGAGCCAUUGACAAGGUCACGAAUGACAGGUCUGCAUGCAAGUGCCCACAACUUCAUCUCUGUCUGAGGAUGAGCAAGCCGUUGAGCUUGCAGAACAGUGACCUGGAACAGAGUCUUCCUGCCAUUGCUUCCUCACUUUCAUACUCCCAGGGCUUCUCUCCUCACCACUACUUCUCUCCUGAGAGGAGAAGGGCCAUCUCUGAUGUGCGGCGGACCUUCUGCCUUUUUGUGACUUUUGACCUUCUCUUCAUCUCGCUUCUUUGGAUCAUUGAGCUGAAUACAUCCCAGAGUAUCCAGGAGAGUUUAAAGGAAGAAAUUAUCAACUACAACUUUAAAACUUCAUUUUUUGACAUAUUUAUCUUGGCUUUUUUCCGGUUCUCGGUGCUGCUUCUUGGAUAUGCUGUCCUAAGGCUCCGCCACUGGUGGGUUAUAGCGAUCACUACACUGGUGUGCAGUGCCUUCCUGAUACUAAAAGUGAUCUUCUCAGAGCUGCUAAACAAGGGGCCUUUUGGCUACCUUCUGCCUAUUGUUUCAUUUGUCCUUGCCUGGCUUGAAACAUGGUUUCUAGAUUUCAAAGUCUUGCCUCAAGAGUCCGAGGAAGAACAAUGGUACUUGGCUGCUCAGGCUGCUGUGGCCCGUGGGCCCCUCCUUUACUCAGGUGCACUCUCUGAUGGCCAGUUCUACUCCCCUCCAGAAUCGGUUGCAGGAUCAGAUGACUCAGAUGAUGAGCUUUUGGGUAAAAGAGCAUUAACAGAUGAGGAGAGGGAAUAUGUCCGACAAGGAAAACUAGCUAUGGAAGUGAUGGACCAGAUCUUAGCUCAGGAGGAGAACUGGACUUUUGAAAGAUGCACUGACUUUGGUGACACAGUUCACUCACUUGAAAUGCCAUUCUAUGGCAAGAUUUUCAUCCUCAAGGCUGUUCUGCAGUGUCCUCCUGAGAUAAUCUACCAGGAGAUGAUUCUCCAACCAGAGAAGAUGGUGCUAUGGAAUAAAACCUUGUUAGCAUGCCAGAUCUUGCAACGGGUUGACGAUAACACAUCGAUAUCCUAUGAUGUGGCAGCUGGGGCCGCAGGCGGCGUUGUGUCACCCAGGGACUUCGUAAAUGUGCGUCGCAUUGAGAGAAGGAGAGAUCGAUACAUUUCAUCCGGAAUGGCAACAGUUCACAGUUCACGUCCACCGACUUCCAAAUACGUCCGGGCAGAGAAUGGUCCUGGGGGGUUUGUUGCUCUGAAAUGCCCCACUAAUCCAAACAUCUGUACUUUGUUCUGGAUCCUCAAUACAGACCUGAAGGGUCGGCUCCCCCGAUACCUUAUCAACCAAAGUUUGUGUGCUACCAUGACAGAAUUUGUGUUCCACCUACGUAAACGGAUUAUGGAAGUCAUGGCACGGUCUUAGGUUCUUAGCAUCUUGCUCUGAUGUUGCCUUUUGAGCAUGCUCAAACAAACCAACAAGGUCCAAAAAACUGGAUUUUCUUAUCUUCGUACUGAUGAGGGAAGAUUGUAUCUCACCACUGAUCUUGAGGGUAAGGCUGAAGAGCUUUGACAGUGUCUUCAUGAGGCUGACCAAUUAAAGGAUGAGAUGAUGAUCAAAUGGCAAACAGGAGACAAGACCACAGAUGGUCCAAAUCAGUGCAAAUUAGAAAGAAGCAUGAAGGAGGCUUCCUCAGGUCUUUCUCUGACCUGAUGUAGCUAGUAUCACUACGAGAACAUGAGCCAUUUCUGGAUUAAGAUGUGCCAAAUUCUUUCAUGGACAUGCUUCCAGAAUCUGCUAAGUGCUUACCUCUAUUUCUGCCUUUGUUCUCUCCCCGGAAUGCCUACCUCCCUGGGCAUGAUCAUACUGUCUUUGCUGUGUUUUCAUAAAACUAUUCAAAUGCCUUCCAUAACAAAAAAAAUGCCAUCAAGUAAUCCUGAUGAGAUGUGACAACGGUGCAAAAACUGGAGGUUUGCUUUCUAAACCAAACAGUUUUCUAGCUCACUACUGUGUCUCAAGACUCCAACCUUUCUGAAGGGCUGUAUACCUAGCAUAACUACCACUGAAUCUUGAAGAAUCUACUACCCAAAUGUAUGGGUAUAUUUUGUUGGCAUAUUUUAGAAGAGAUGACAGAGGAAAGAAAAUCAGCUACCAGUCAUAUUCCUGGACUUGAAAGGGACACCAAGCUGACAUCUGUCCUGAGUGUAUUGCUAUCUCUAUUCCACAAUGCUUUCUUUCUAAUUUCUCUUCUUCUUUCCCAUGUGUAACAAUGACUAUGAAGAAAGGUUUUUUUCCUCUCCAUUUAAAGUGACCCUUCUGCCGUGGCAAAAGUACCUGAAUUAUCUAAUUAUAUUCUGCAUGGGGAACCUAAGGCCCUUUUCUCUAGCUCUAGUAUCUGUGUGUGUGUGUGUGUGUGAGAGAGAGAGAGAGAGAGAGAGUGUGUGUUUAUGACAGAGAGAGAACAUGCACAUGCCAGAAAGGAGCACUGCUUCCUCUUGUCCUUAUUGUAUCAUCUAUUGUGGGUUGAAAGUGUCAUAAAAAUAUGUGGAAUUCAUUUCGGACAGAGCUAUCAGCAGAACAAGUGUCCAGAAGGCAGUUUAGGACUUUCCUAUUUCCCCAGCAAAAAUCCUAACUUGCUUUGCUCUUCUGCUUACACUGUUGGUACACAUCUUUCUCAUCUGAAAAAACUGCAUUGGCCCACAGAUGAGUUUGCAGAUUUGAGGAGUUGUUUCUCUUUAUCCCAGACUUACCCCUAUUACUGGAUAGAUCACUUGUGAUGUAGUGGUACAAGUGCUAUCGGAGCAUGUCUGCAGAACUCUUGUGUGCAGUUGCUAGAAGUUUGGCACAAAUGGGAAUCAGCAUUUCAGCUCUUUUAAAAACAGGUUUGUUUUGGGAUAUAGAGUCUGGUCUGAGCAAUACAGGCAGAAGUGAGAUGCUCGCAUUUUUAACAAGUGCAAUAUCCCUCACACACCAAAUUAACCUACUGAAUCUAUACAUGAGCAAAGACUGUGAAUGUGGAAGUGGGGAAAAAGGUUUGACUGAGUUUGGUUUGGCUGGUUUUUCACUCUGAGGGAACUCCUGAACUGCACAAAGUUAAAAAUUUCACUUAAGUUGUGGCUUUUGCUGACAUAUGUAGUGAAAAGGGAGCCUGUGGCAGAUGAAAGCUGUGUUUUAAACAACUGUUGGAUGAUAUACUCGCAUGCUGCUCCUCUCCAGUAUGGACAUCUAAAAUAUCCCAGAAACUGCAUGGGGUGUUCCAUGGGUUCCUUAAGGUGUUCACCACCACCUCAACACAAAAUGACUUCUGAAGUUCAUCCGAUGCUUUCAUAUGUGGGAGAUGACUCCUCAAGAGAUUUGUGCAUUUUUUAGCUUCAGAAUUUGAACUGGGAAGGUAGACUUGUCUACCUUCUGCUUGCACUCAGGUGCAUAUUUAGACCUUGAGGCAAAAUGUAAGUCAAAAGAUCAUAGGUUGGAUGGAAUAACUAUUCAGUGUCCUGUUUCUUGGGUAAGUAAGGUAUAUGAUCAACUUCCUUAAUAGCAGGGGAACUAGCAAACCUGCCAGACUUUGCCUGCAACCUUUAGGGCUGUUUUUGUUUUGUGUUUUUCCUUUUCAGCAUUCAGCACCCUUCACUUCGUUAUGCUGCUUUCUCUCUCCCUGCCAUGGGAAUGCCUUCUCCCAUCCUUUUUUAUUUGUGUGGAUCAGUUGGUAUUGCGUCCUGUGCAGUGGUGAAGCUUGUACCAAACACAAUUCCCUCCAUUUGAAAUCUUUGGUAUCUUUGCCAGAGAUUGCAGGGUGCUGUGCUGUUACAAUGGUGACCUUCCAAUAGUGGAAAAGACUAGAGGCUCACUAUCCAGAUAAAUUGUCAGCAAACUACUCCCCUUCAAGUCUUUUUUUUUAAUUGCCAACAUGAGACUCACAGGAAAUCACAUUUCUAGGAAUCAACGAGUAAAACAUGUUAAAGCGCCUUGGGUGAUUCGUAAGCAUUCCAGACAGACUGUGGAAAGAAGCUUGCGGACUUUGUGACUCUAAUGCACAUAACUUUUCCUUGACCGUGUGUGGGGAGUGGAUCUCCCCAUUUCCUUUGAAAAGCGACUUGAAUAACACAUAUGCCUUUUGCAUCAGAUCUUUGUGACUUAAUCUAAUAAAAUCUAAUAAGAAAAACA